AUGCCAGGCCAGUGCUAUUCCCCCAUUUCCCGUGCCAGGAUAGCUCAGAAAGCCAUGACAACCCCAUAUCGACAAGUCGCCGCAGCCCAUGGAUGUUCUGUCAGCACCGUCUCACGUCUUGUGACCCUGUACCACCAAACCGGCAAUACCUCUCCCACUGUUCGGCCUGGACCCUCUUCACGAUUCAAUGAACGCACCCUUUGUCGAAUCAAAGCUGUUAUCCUUCAGAAUCGUCGUAAAUCACCUCGAGAACUUGUCAGCCUUCUUGGGGCUGAAGAAAUCAAGAUUUCGCUCACUACUCUUCGAGUCUAUAUGAAGCGUAUGGGCUUCAAACAAUGUGUAGCUCGCAAAAAACCAUUCCUUGACAGUUGUGCCAAACGUCUCCGUCUAUCCUAUGCAAAAAAACACGCCAACGAUACUUUAAACGAGUGGCAUCGUACUAUAUUUGUUGAUGAAGUGUGCUUGAAGCUCAAUUGGACUACCAGAUGGAGGGCAUAUGGAGGUGGAAGGAUUGUGGAGGAUAAUGUGAGAGUCCAUACUUGUGGGGAAAAUCGUGACCAAGGGAAGAAACAAUGUUUCAAGUAUACCAAGUUUCAAGCAAUGAGAGUAAUGCAUGCAUGA